CCCGCGCCGGCGCCGUGACGUCACGCCCUGGAGCUGCGGGCCGGGCCGGGCGGCGGCAUGGCGGAGAGCGAAGCGGAGACCCCGGGAACCCCGGGCGAGUUCGAGAGCAAGUACUUCGAGUUCCAUGGCGUGCGGCUGCCGCCCUUCUGCCGCGGGAAGAUGGAGGACAUCGCCGACUUCCCGGUGCGGCCCAGCGACGUGUGGAUCGUCACCUACCCCAAGUCUGGUACCAGCUUGCUGCAGGAGGUGGUCUACUUGGUGAGCCAGGGUGCCGACCCUGAUGAAAUUGGCCUGAUGAACAUUGAUGAACAGUUGCCAGUGCUGGAGUACCCACAGCCGGGUCUGGACAUCAUCAAGGAACUGACGUCUCCCCGCCUCAUCAAGAGCCACCUCCCCUACCGCUUCCUGCCCUCUGACCUCCACAAUGGGGACUCUAAGGUCAUCUACAUGGCUCGCAACCCCAAGGACCUGGUGGUAUCUUACUAUCAGUUCCACCGCUCGCUGCGGACCAUGAGCUACCGAGGCACCUUCCAGGAGUUCUGUCGACGCUUCAUGAACGACAAAUUGGGCUAUGGCUCCUGGUUUGAGCACGUUCAGGAAUUCUGGGAACACCGCAUGGAUGCAAAUGUGCUUUUCCUCAAGUAUGAAGACAUGCACCGGGACCUGGUGACCAUGGUGGAGCAGCUGGCCAGAUUCCUGGGUGUGUCCUGUGACAAGGCCCAGCUGGAGUCCCUGAUUGAGCACUGCCACCAGCUGGUGGACCAGUGCUGCAAUGCAGAGGCCCUGCCUGUGGGCCGGGGACGAGUCGGGCUGUGGAAAGACAUCUUCACCGUCUCCAUGAAUGAGAAGUUUGAUCUAGUGUACAAACAGAAGAUGGGGAAGUGUGACCUCACGUUUGACUUUUAUUUAUAAUACCAGGCACCGCCAACUUGCAUGCUCACGGUCCCCAGAUGCUCUACUAGCUAAAACAUCCUGUUUGCGUUCAUUUAUUCCUUGCUGGACACACUCUGGAAGCUGCGUGGGAACGGCAGGGGGUGAGCCCGGUGGAGAGAACUGUGGAGAGAGUGUGAUGGUGCUGUCCACAGCCACAGCUGCCGCCUGGCCUGUAGCAUCUGAGGCUCCACGUGGUGGCCACGCCACACAUACACAGGCAGCACGACCAACUGCCCUGUACCCCAUGUUAAUUCACUGUAUUUUAUAGCGCUUUUCACUGGAAAUCUAAAUAAAUAUCUGUCAGCCAAAUGCAAGUCCAUUUCCCAGGGGAAGCAGGAGCGAGCUGUGCCGGGAUGGUAGGAUGCUCUCAGGGGUCACUGUACUUUUUGUAGUCUUUUCUCUAGGCACAGCCGUUCCGCCUUGUUCUGAGAUCAAAGGACCAGUUGGGAUCACAUGGGGUGGGGAGGGACCUGGAGAGGUGGGUCUAGCCUGUGGAAUUCAGUCUUCUGGAACCGUUCUGACACCAAAGCAGGACCAGUCCCAGGCCGUUUUCAGAAACACCUCCAGCAGGCAGCUCUUUGAACCCGGUACAGAAGAGCCCAAGGAAUGUUCCAGAAGGGAAGCUGGCCUGAGGCUGCAGAUGGCAUCUGAAGAAGGCAUUGAUGGUGUGUGCAGACUGCACCAAGAAUUAGUAUCUGCCACGGCCUUCUCUUGUUUCCCAAGGCAGCGACUGACACACUCUUUACUGGCAAGCGAUAUGACAAAGCAUGGUUCUAAAAUCCCUGGUCGCUGUCACUUGUGUUCCAGCUGUGCCAAGGCUCUCACACAGGAGACCCAAUCUGCAGAGUGAAUGUCUUCC